AUGAAAGCUUUCUGUGUAAGGCUCUUCUUGGUAACAUGGCUUCUCGGUUACACCGUUGAUUUUGUGGAGGCUGGCAAGAAGAAGAAGAAGAAGAAGAAGAAGAACACGGUGUCCGAUUCGGGUGGCAGCAACAACCAAGUGGUCGAGGAGGAGCCAAAACCACUGUUGUAUGGUGAAACCAUCUACAUCCAAUCCCUGGCGAGAGAUUUUGCUUGGCUCACUGGUGGUCGCGGUAGUGGUAACAAGGAGUCUGGGACAGGCGUCCGGAACAAAGACGGGACGAAAGACGAGAAGGGAAAGGAAAGGCACUACAGAUUCGAAUUUCAGGCAAAUGAUAGGAGCGACAAAGGCAAGAAAGAGGGAGAGUGUCUCCGAUAUGGAGACUUGGUCUUCAUGUGGACUACCGGGAAGAAUAACAAGAGCAAAAGAUGGCUCAGCGGCGAAUUCGAAGAUGAAGCCACCGCGACCUACGACAUUGAUCACAAAGACAGAAGGAGCAGGACGAACGAGUUUACAUGGCAGCUAAGAAAAAAUCUUGGGGACGGACAGAUUCGUUAUACCCACGGCCAGUGCAUCACAGACAUGAGUACUGUCUAUAUUCAAUACGGAGGAAAGACGCACAGGUGGUUGGCUUCAGUGUACAAGGAGAGUGCUGAAACGAAACCCUAUUUCGAGAACUGGGGUUCGCUCUACAGGUGGGUCUUGCGUAGGGAAGCUGGCAAUGGAGAGCUCGAUGCCCAACAAAAGGCCGAGUUGACGGAGGAAGAACAGCGCAGGAAGGAAGCACAGGAACAGCGCAGAAAGAAGAGGAGAGAAGCGAGAGGAGAAAGAGGAAAAAAAAAAAAAAAAAAAAGAAAGAAGAAAAAAAAAAGGGAAGGAAGAAGAAGAGAAAAAAAAAAAAAAAAAAAAAGAGCAAGAAAGAAAGAAGAGAGGGGAAGAAGAGAAGAGGAGGAACAACGUAAGAAGGAAGAGGAGGAACGAACCGGAGGAAGAGAGAAGAAGAAAAAAAGAGGAGGAGGAGGAGCAACGACUCAGAAAAAGAGGAGGAACAGCGUCAGAAGGAGAAGAGGAACAAAUAAGCAGUUGGAAGAACGGCCAAGAAGGAAGAUGGGAACAACGCAAGAAGGAAGAGGAGCAACGCCAGAAGGAGAAUGA